AUGGAUAGUUGGUAUGGGAAAAAACGUCCCUCUGUUACGAUGCCGAUAAUAUUAAUUUCCUCUCUCGUUCGAGACACUUUAUCCAUACUGCGCAUUGUUGGGAAUGCGCAGAACUGAGCUGGAACCUCGGAGGUUAGAGAAAUCGUUGCCAUUCUGUCUUCCUUAGUCGGAAUAGCUUCCACUUAUAAAAACUUUCCAUACAGAAGUAUUACAUAUGUGCUCACAAUGACGUGGAAAUUAUAAUUUCCGAGUUUCCGACUCGAAAGUUAAAUCUAUAAAAUUGACAGUUGGCUAGUCUAACUCGCAAAUAAAACAUACAAGUCCGAAAGCCUUUGAAAAAGGAGAAGUAAAAUUUCACAUUAUUAGUUUGGUAAAAAUGUAAAAGGCUUCGUUUAGCGUUCACAAAUACAAGAUAACAAUACAAAACAACCGGCAAAUUGAUGGAAAUAAUGACGAAAAUUAUAAAGACAAUCGUAGAAUUUUCAAAUUCAUAUUGGUUAAGUUAAUACGAAGUUUGUAUCAUAGUUGAUUCUUAUUAAUGUCAAAAUUUCCACAUUUGUGUUGUCGAUCAAAAAUUGUAAGUAUGAUCGAAAAAGUACCAAUUCUCCAAGAAAAAUUCAACUUUAGCAGGCUUGUGUAAAAAAAUUCUACAUUUACAUGAAAACGACUAGUUUGGUUCUAAUACAUUGAUAUGUCGAUUGGUACAUUUUUACCAUAUUUAUCAAGUAAAACUAUUCAGCAACGUAGACGUCUGUUUUACUGGAUUAACUUACAAUUUAAUGCUUUGGAUACUGAUCGUAAAAAGAACUUUGGACCUGAUAGAACGUGUGCAGAGUGGAUUUUGAGGAAUGGUGGUGUUGUAAAAUUUGUGAAUUUCACAGAAUAUACCAAAGAUUAUAACGAUCUACCUCCCGAAGGUACAAUUGUUCGUCUAAAAGAAAUAGAUGCCUCACAUACAAGUAUUAUGCAUACAGGUUUCGAACACUUUGAUGGUUGCAAGAAUAUCGAUACUUUAAUUCUUCACAAAUGUGCUUACGUUGAUGAUAAAGCUUUGGUAUUGUUACAUCAUCUUAAAGAUUCAUUAUCAAAAUUACAAGUUAGUUGCUGUCCUAAUGUUACAGAUAAAGGAGUGUUGAGCUUAACCAAUUUAAAACAAUUGACAAAUCUGUAUUUAUGUGAACUCCAGGCUGCAAAGAAAAUGAAAGAAAAUAUUGAAACAUUAAAAUCUAGUUUACCGAAUUGUAAAAUAGAAUGUACUCAGAAGUGAAAACAAUUUGUCUUGUACCAAAGAAUAAUAAUAAAAACUAUUUUCAGCUAUAA